GGGAGAGCGCCUUCGGCAGGCGCCUUCUGUCCCUCCCUCCACACUGAUUCACGCCGAGCUGAGCGGAGCCGAGCCUAGCGUAGCUGAGGCGAGCCUUGGGGACAGCAGAUCCGAGAGCAGCGCCGGUGGAGCGGGAAGGUGGCAGAGCCGCUGAUAAUUGAGAGCCAUAAUGGCAGACACAGGAGAUGGACCACAUGUGGAGGAAGAUCUGACUGAUGCAAAAUCUAUUCCUAGUUCCAAAGGAAAGAACCUACCUGCUAGCAAAUCUAUGGGCUCUGGAAUUCAGCCAGACAACAGCUACAGAAUGGAUUAUCCAGAGAUGGGGGAAUGCAUAAUAAUAAACAAUAAGAACUUCCACAGACAUACUGGGAUGUCUCCCCGUUCGGGUACGGAUGUAGAUGCUGCUCAUGUCAGAGAAGUUUUUAUGAAGUUGGGAUAUAAGAUAAAGAUCAACAAUGAUCUUUCAUGUGAGGACAUUUUUAAACUAUUGAAAAAUGUUUCUGAGGAGGACCACAGCAAGCGAAGCAGUUUUGUUUGUGUGUUGCUAAGCCAUGGUGAUGAAGGAUUAAUCUAUGGUACCGAUGGCCCCCUCGAACUGAAAGCACUAACCAGCCUUUUCAGAGGUGACAGGUGCAAGAGUUUGGCAGGAAAACCCAAGCUCUUUUUCAUUCAGGCUUGCAGAGGGACAGAAUUAGAUUCCGGUAUUGAGGCAGACAGUGGAUCAGAAGAAACAAUGUGUCAGAAAAUACCCGUAGAAGCAGACUUCCUGUAUGCAUAUUCUACAGCUCCAGGUUAUUACUCCUGGAGGAAUUCAGCUGAAGGCUCCUGGUUUAUUCAGUCACUCUGUAAAAUGUUGAAGGAGCAUGCAAGAAAACUUGAAAUCAUGCAGAUUUUAACUCGCGUAAAUCGCAGAGUGGCAGAGUAUGAGUCCUGCUCAACUCGGCAGGAUUUUAAUGCAAAGAAACAGAUUCCUUGCAUUGUCUCUAUGCUCACCAAAGAAUUUUACUUCCCUUGAUAAAGAAUUUCACCUCAAUUUUUCAGUUUGUGUUUUCAUCUGUAACUUAUAUGCAAUAUUUGUAUGGAAUACCACUUUUAAAUCUGAGUUGCUGUUUACUACUUUAGGUGGUGUGAUGAACUGACUCAAAGAAUAUGUUCAUUAUUAGAAGUGAAACACAGUGUGGCUAUAUUAGAAAUGCAGACUUGAGUAGCUGAAGCAUGGCAGAUUUGGAAGUAGUGCUCUGAGUAUGUUGAAAAAAUUGGGAAGAGAUUGAAGACAGAUGAGAUAAUAUUAUCAGAUUCCUUUGGUGCUACAUUUCACUUUGCUGAAGAGGCAAAGCAAAGAAACUGUCAAUAGUUUGGUUUCAUAUUUUUGCCAACAGGAAAAAGAUCCACAGUGUGAUAUGUUUACUAAUGAUGAUAUGAUAGUAGUGUUGUCAUACAUUUCUUCUUAACUCAAAUUCCCAAAGUUUAGGUUAUAAUCUAACCUAACCCAUUUUUAUAACUUAGGGCAUAAACUGGGAAACAACCAUUUCAUUUUUCACAAGCAAUUAGGAAGCACGUUUAGAAUGUAGUCUUUUUUUUUCCCCCUGAUUUAUUUUAUAACUUGUUGCAUAGAGUAUUAGGUGAAGCAAAUUGCAUCAACAUGGUAGCUGCUUCAAAAUACAUUUUGUAUUCUCAACUUGAAGCUGAGUGACUAAGGGACCAGUCUUCCAACAUUUCUUUUUUUGCAGCUCCCUAAGGGGGAGCUGUUAGGGCACAUUUAGGGCUGCAAGAAUUGGUUGCAAAAUGAAGUCUACACGCUGAAUAAAUUACUUUCCUCUUUUGGCCAUAAAUAAAAACUGAGUUUGCUUUGUGCUAUGUGUUUACCACUUGUGUGGAAACCUAGAUUUGAGGUACCAGACAAACUUCUUAAAUCUAGUAUCAGUUUGAAUUAAUUACAAGACUUUAGCUGAAAUUACCUUAACAAAUAAUAAAUUUGUAUCUUGAAUUUUAUAGAAUGAGCUUUUGCAAAACUCUAAAGUGUGUUUGUUGACGUUUCAACUUGUGACAGUGUUUUCAAAUGUGUGGAGGACAACAGUAAACGACUAUCCAGUGCUUGCAAAACAAGAUUUGUAGCUCUUUCAACUGUGUAAUGUAAACAGUGUUAGCAAAUGGAUGUUCUCUUUCAGAGGCAUUUGAUUUUUUUUUAACUUAAAUUAAAUACUGUUUCCUAAAUUA